CAUCUCUUUCUUCCCCUCCUGCAUUCCUCCGCCUCUGUCAUUCUUUCUCCCUCAAUUACUCCUCCAAUUCUCCGUCGCUUAUCGCGUUCCUUACGAAUUUCGUGUUCCCCUCCCCUCCAGCUUCGUGCUCUACCUAUUCUUUCCUUCUUACCACUAGCAGCUCGAGAAUCCAUCUACUUCCGGCUGACUCCAUUCUUAUUCGACGACAGUACCAUCGAGCUCUUUCACCCUCUCUCCGAGGCCUGCGCUGGCCGGGUCGAACCGGUGCUCGUCCAUCCCCGACCGGUCCGAUGCUUACCGUCUGUCGCUCGUGAUAAUCCGGGAAUAAACCCACGACCCAGAUGGACAGCUACGACGGCAAAGGGGAGAAUGGGCUGGAACGAGCCUCGAGCGAAGUCCCGCCCCUCCCCAGUAGCUCCGAGGAGGACGCGAACAAGAAAUCCACCAAGCGCGCGCGAUGGGCCACCAAGAGAAUGACCGCCGCCUCGGGCCUGCGCAAGAGAGUCUCCAUCCUCGAACGCGGGCGCCGACAGAACCAGACGGACACCAUGGCGAGCGCGACCGCAGGCGUGCCGGAAAUCACCGAGGGAGAAUCGGGAUCGCGCAAAGUUCAUUUCAACCUUCCUAUUCCGGACGAGGAGCGGGACGAGGAAGGCAAUCUCAAGGCCGUCUAUCCGAGGAACAAAAUCCGCACCGCCAUCUACACCCCGCUCACCUUCAUCCCCAAGAACCUCUGGCUGCAGUUCCACAACAUCGCCAACCUGUACUUCUUGUUCGUCAUCAUUUUGCAGUGCUUCGAGAUUUUCGGGGACGCCGAUCCCGGCCUGAGUGCCGUGCCGCUGAUCGUCAUCGUCGUCGUCACCGCCGUCAAAGAUGCCAUCGAGGAUUGGCGACGAACCGUGUCCGACAACGAACUCAACAACUCUCCAGUGUAUCGCUUGACGGAUUGGGACAACGUGAACGUGACCGCCGACAAUGUUUCCCUCUGGCGUAAGUUCAAAAAGGCUUGCACCCGGGCUGUGGUUACCAGCUAUCGAGGCAUGAAGCGCCUCUUCCGCAAGAAUGGGGCCGACAAAGAUGUGGCGGGUGACGUGGAAAUGGCGGAUGCCAGGCCCUCGAUUGAGCCUACCUCGCCGAUCGCGAUCGAGAUGACGGCAGUUUCCCCUACCAUGGAGGCCCGUGCUUCUGGCGACUGGCCCGACCCCAUGAACGAUCACGACCAGCAGGCAAACUCGCCGUGGGCACGGACCAAGGGUAGUGUCUUGAAUCCGAACCGGGUAACCCCAGGGAAGGCGCGAUUCAAACGCCAACACUGGAAGGAUGUCAACGUGGGUGACUUUGUGCGACUAUACAAUGGUGACCAAAUCCCCGCCGACAUCGCCAUUCUCUCUACCUCCGACCCGGACGGAGCAUGUUACGUCGAAACGAAGAACUUGGAUGGAGAGACGAAUCUCAAGGUGCGCAACGCCUUAAAUUGCGGUCGUGUGUUGCGGAAUGCUCGAGAUUGCGAGAAAGCCGAGUUCACCGUCGAAUCGCCACCCGCGCAUGCCAACCUCUACUCCUUCAGCGGUGCUAUCUAUUGGGAUCAGUAUGACGAAUCCGGGGAGGCUCCGCAGAACCGCGUGGAGCCCAUUACGAUCAACAACAUUCUGCUUCGAGGCUGUAGCUUACAAAACACCGAGUGGGUGUUGGGUGUCGUGCUUUUCACCGGACCGGAAACGAAAAUUAUGCUGAACCAGGGUCUCACGCCAAGCAAACGCCCACAGAUGGCGCGCAACAUGAACUGGAACGUGGUCUACAACUUUGCCAUCCUCUUCAUCAUGUGUGUGAUCUCUGGAUUCAUCAACGGGUUUGCCUGGGGCCUGGACGAUGCUUCACUGACGUUCUUUGAGUACGGCUCCUACGGUGGCACACCUGCCGUUCAAGGUGUAAUCGCCUUCUUCGUGGGCGUGGUCCUCUUCCAGAACUUGGUUCCUAUCGCCUUGUACAUCUCCCUGGAAAUUUGCCGUGUCAUCCAGGCUCUCUACAUCUACUAUGAUAUUCACAUGUAUUACGAGCGGUUGAAGAUGUCCUGUGUGCCCAGGUCUUGGAAUAUCUCUGAUGAUAUCGGUCAAAUCGAGUACAUCUUCUCUGACAAGACGGGUACCUUGACGCAGAACGUCAUGGAGUUCAAGAAAUGUACCGUCAACGGCGUGCCCUAUGGUGAGGCAUACACCGAAGCGCAAUUGGGCAUGCAGCGGCGGCAGGGACUGGUGAAUGUGGAGGAGGAAGCUGCUAAGGCUCGUCAGAGAAUUAGUGAAGCACGUGUGGAAAUGAUCCAGCAACUGCGCCAGCUUCAUGAUAAUCCGUACUUGAAGGAGGAGAACUUGACCUUUGUUGCUCCACAGUUCGCCGCUGAUCUGGGUGGUGCCUCGGGAGAGGCUCAGCAGCAAGCCACGAUAGACUUCAUGACUGCAUUGGCAUUAUGUCAUACAGUAGUCACGGAGCGUAUUCCUGGCGACCCUCCCCAAAUUGAAUUCAAGGCACAGUCGCCGGACGAGGCUGCCCUGGUUGCCACGGCCCGGGACUGCGGAUUUACCACCCUCGGCCGAUCGGGCGAAAGCUUGAUCUUGAAUAUCAUGGGUGACGAGCGUAGGUAUACUAUCUUGAACAUCCUGGAAUUCAACUCCACCCGUAAACGAAUGAGUGUGAUCGUGCAGAUGCCUGAUGGUACUAUUCGUUUGCUGUGUAAGGGGGCUGAUACCAUGAUCUACUCCCGCCUAGCCCCCGGCCAACAACGCGAGCUGCGUGAUGCAACCACACGCGAUCUCGAGACUUUCGCUCAAGAAGGUCUGCGAGUACUUUGCAUUGCUGAGCGUACCAUUGAACCAGAAGAGUACCGCGAAUGGAGUGUCAUGCACGACGCCGCCGCCGCCGCCAUUGUGGACCGCGAGGAGAAGUUGGAAGAGGUAUCCAAUGCUAUCGAGCAGAAUUUGUAUCUCCUUGGAGGUACGGCCAUCGAAGAUCGCCUGCAGGACGGCGUUCCUGAUACCAUCUCCCUCCUUGCCGAAGCAGGUAUCAAGCUCUGGGUCUUGACCGGUGACAAGAUCGAAACUGCCAUCAACAUCGGUUUCUCCUGCAACCUGCUUAAUAACGACAUGCAAAUGAUUGUGUUCGACGCGCCCUCCGAUAUCGAUAUGGCCGCCAAGUUGCUGGAUAGCAAAUUGGAGAUCUUCGGUAUCACGGGCUCAGAUGAGGAGCUGGAGGCCGCUCGCAAGGAUCACUCACCGCCUCCGCAGACUCACGCUCUCGUGCUGGACGGUGACACUCUUCGCUUCAUGUUGGAUGACGCCUUGCGGCAGAAGUUCUUGCUUCUUUGUCGGAAGUGUAAGUCGGUGCUUUGUUGCCGUGUCAGCCCAGCGCAAAAGGCUGCCGUGGUGGAGAUGGUUAAGAACGGUUUGAACGUCAUGGCUCUGGCUAUCGGAGACGGUGCCAACGAUGUUUCUAUGAUCCAGAAAGCCGAUGUCGGGGUUGGUAUUGCUGGCGAGGAGGGUCGUCAGGCCGUCAUGUCGGCCGAUUACGCGAUCGGACAGUUCCGGUUCUUGCAGCGGUUGAUUCUGGUUCAUGGACGAUGGGCCUAUCGCCGUCUAGGUGAGACCACCGCCAACUUUUUCUACAAGAACUUGGUCUGGACAUUUGCCCUAUUUUGGUAUUCUAUCUACGAUAACUUCGACGGAACCUAUCUAUUCGAAUAUACGUAUAUUACCUUGGUCAACGUGGCGUUCACGUCACUGCCAGUCAUCUUCAUGGGUAUUUUUGAUCAAGACGUUGACGAUCGGGUCUCCAUGGCCGUCCCACAACUCUACAUGCGUGGUAUCGAGCGGAAGGAGUGGACGCAGUUGAAGUUCUGGAUAUACAUGCUCGAUGGAUUCUACCAGUCAAUUAUUUGUUUCUUCAUGCCCUAUAUGUUGUAUCAAGUUGCCAAUUUCCAAACGGAGAACGGAAUGGGCAUUGAUGACAUUUAUCGCGUGGGUGUUCUUGUAGCCACCUGUGCCGUGGUUACGAGCAAUACCUACGUGAUGAUGAACAUGUAUCGCUGGGAUUGGUUCUCGACGUUGAUCAACGCGAUCAGUUCGCUGUUAAUCUUCUUCUGGACCGGCAUCUAUUCGUCCUUUGAAUCAUCCGCCACCUUUUAUGGUGCCGCAAAGCAGGUCUACGGGGCGUUAUCCUUCUGGGUCGUGUUUUUGCUGACCGUGGUAAUCUGCCUGACCCCGCGCUUCGUCUGCAAAUGCAUCCAGAAGGUGUACUUUCCCAUGGACGUAGACAUUAUCCGAGAGAAAGUCAUUCUCGGCCACUAUGACUAUCUGAAGCAAUACGACGCCUACGUGCCACCGGAUGCCGGUAAGCUGGCGGGCUCGUCGGAGAGUGGAGCAUCCGCCACUACUUCGGACCCGGAGAACACCCACCAGACCACUGUGCCGCGCCACUAUCCGGGUGAAAACAAUGUGGACCGCACGGCGAAUUCGACGCCGGUGGCGCCCUUAGUGGAUAGCCAUGGCGCGCCGACCCGCCUCGACAACAGCCAAUUCACGAGCGCCAACAGCAGUGUCGCCUUCGGCCUCCAACGCAACACAUCCUGGGAUAGCGCCAGCCGAGAGCAAUCGGUGCUCUCGGGCCCAGUCCUCCCAGUCGACUCCACAAGCAUGGAGCCCCAACAACCGCACAGCCCCUUGAAAAGUCGAGGUGAUCCCCCCUCGACAUACCCUGUAUAGAAAGCGUUGUUUUUUGUUGGCUAUUCCCCUUUCCUUGCAAUUUUCCCUUUGAUUUCCCACACAGUUUCUCCGGGAGGUGCAUUGACUCUGCGCCCCCCUUAUAAAUACCUCACCUUCCUGAUCCGCACAAAAGCUCUUCAGCCCCCCUGCCACCUAUCUCUUCUUAUAUCCCCCGGUUGAUUUAUUCCUUAUAAAUUCUUUCCGUCAUUUAAUGUCUUAUUGAAGCGCCACUUGCCUUGCGCUGCUGUUGAUACCGAUUUAGUCGAUAUAUCUCGCACAUAUUCAGUUAAUGUAACAUAGAGCCUUCCGUCAAUAGGACAUGCA